CGAAGCUGACGUGCCUUCGUCAAAUGUGUGUCAAAAACUGUGACGUGUGACAAUCCUGUGACAUGUGUUGAUGCGUGCUGUCGCGUGAGUGACAAUGAUAGUGGCCCUCUUGUUCGUGCUAGCGGCCACCGGCUGCAGAGCCGAGUUUCAGGAAAGAGUUUGCAUCGGGACCAAUGGACGGAUGUCAGUGCCUUCGAAUCGUGACACCCACUAUAGAAAUCUACGCGACAGAUUCACCAACUGCACUUACGUCGAUGGAAACCUAGAACUGACGUGGCUUCAGAAUGAAACGAUGGACUUAUCUUUCCUCCAGCACAUACGGGAAGUGACCGGCUACGUACUUAUCUCGCAUGUCAAAGUGACGAACAUCGUUCUACCCAAUUUACAAAUUAUACGAGGUCGAACUCUCUUCAAACUGAAUGUCAGGGAAGAGGAGUUUGCACUGUUGGUGACGAUGUCAUCCGCUUUCACACUAGAACUUCCAGCACUGCGGGACGUCUUGCGCGGAAGCGUUGGCAUUUACAACAACUACAAUUUAUGCCAUCUGAAAACAAUAAAUUGGGACGAAAUAAUAACGGGGGUGAAUGCUACGUACGUCUACGUGUACGCCUUCCAAAUCCAGGAGAGGGAAUGUCCCCAGUGUCACCCGAGCUGCGAGGCUGGAUGCUGGGGCGACGGACCUCACAAUUGCCAGAAGUUCUCCAAAACAAAUUGCAGCCCUCAAUGUGCUCAGGGUCGAUGCUUCGGCCCGAACCCGAGAGAUUGUUGUAACACGUUCUGCGCCGGGGGCUGCACUGGACCGUUGCCGAGCCAAUGCUUAGCCUGUCGAAACUUUUACGACGAAGGAACUUGUUCGCAAGAGUGUCCACCGAUGCAGAAGUACAACCCGACGACGUACUCCUGGGAGCCGAAUCCAGACGGAAAAUAUGCAUACGGCGCCACGUGCGUGCGAAAUUGCCCAGAGCAUCUAUUGAAGGAUAACGGUGCAUGUGUACGAAGUUGUCCACCGAACAAAACGGCCGUAAACGGAGAAUGCAUACCUUGCAAUGUAACAUGUCCUAAAACAUGCCCGGCUGAGAAACCAAUUCAUGCUGGAAAUAUCGAGAGUUUUCGAGAUUGUACCAUAAUUGAUGGCUCGAUAGAGAUAUUAGAAAUGACCUUCACGGGUUUCCAGCAAGUCAAUCCUGAUUAUUCUUUCGGUGAGCGUGUUUCGAAGAUGGAACCGGAUGCUCUAGAAGUGUUCAGCACAGUUCGUGAAGUGACCGGGUACCUGAACGUUCAAGCGCACCAUCCGAACUUUACGAGCUUGUCCUAUUUUCGCAAUCUCGAAGUAAUUGGAGGCCGGCAAGUCAUCGAAAAUCUUUUUGCGUCUUUGUACAUUGUAAAAACUUCGUUGAAAUCGCUCGGAUUAAAAUCGUUGAAGAAAGUUAAUUCAGGAGCGAUAGCGAUUAUGGAGAAUAAGCAGCUGUGUUUUGCCGACAAAAUAGCUUGGAACAAACUUGUGAAGUCGAAGGACCAUAAACAGAUAAUACAGAAAAACGCAGAUCUAAAGACAUGUGAAAAUGCUAGCUUGGUGUGUGAUCCUCAAUGCUCAUCAGACGGUUGCUGGGGUCCAGGUCCAGACCAAUGUCUAUCGUGCGAAAAUUACAAGUUCGGAGAAAUAUGUAUCCAGAACUGUUCUGUCCAUCCUGGUUUAUACAAGGCUGGACCGAAGACGUGCAAGCAGUGUCAUUCCGAAUGCCUGGAUGGCUGCACAGGGCCGAGUAGAGCUAACUGCACUAAAUGUAAACACGUUCGAGAUGGUCCGUAUUGUGUGACAGAAUGUCCUGAAGCAAGAUACGUAUCAGAAAAUGGCACUUGUGAGCCUUGUCACCAGAACUGCUUCAAUGGCUGCACUGGCCCGGCAAAUACUGUCGGAGAGGGAGGCUGCAACUCCUGUAGAAAAGCUAUAAUAAGUGUAGAAGCAACCGUCGAAAGCUGUUUAGGAGAAUUCGAACUGUGUCCGGAUGGAUAUUACAACGAGUGGGUUGGAAACGUCAAGCCCCUGGAAGGAAAAGUAAAAGUCGCUUGUCGAAAGUGUCACCCACUUUGUAUCAAGUGCUCUGGUUUUGGAAUACACAGACAAGUCUGUGAAGUCUGCAACGGCUUUAUGAGAGGAGAUCAGUGUCAAGACGAAUGUCCAAGUGAAUACUUCACCGAUAAAGUAAACCGUGUUUGUACACCAUGCCAUCAUGAAUGUCGCGGUUGCACCGGCCCUGCCUCGACAGAUUGUAUAAAAUGUAACGCCUUAAAAAUAUACUAUCCCGACUCAAACUCAAAAACGUUUAACUGUACAGCAACAUGCCCAGAAGAUAUGCCACACAAAAUAUACUUUGAUGAGCUUUUACAGAAUCCAAUAGAAGAACCGUAUUGUUCAGCUUUAGCAAGCAGUAUUCCAAAUAUGGCCACGGCCAAAAUUCCGACAGUCCUAGUUAUAAUACUAGUACUAGCAUUCAUUUUGAUAGUAAUUUUAGGAAUAAUUGGCUACGCGUGUCGCCAAAGAGCCAAAGCUAAGAAAGAAGCUGUAAAAAUGACCAUGGUUCUCACCGGUUGCGAAGACAAUGAACCUCUCAGGCCGACUAACGUAAAACCGAAUUUAGCAAAAUUGCGAAUAGUUAAAGAAGCUGAACUUCGAAGAGGUGGUAUGCUUGGGUAUGGUGCUUUCGGUAAAGUGUAUAAAGGUGUGUGGGUACCUGAAGGAGAAAAUGUGAAAAUUCCGGUGGCAAUCAAAGUUCUCAAAGAAGGAACUGGAGCUAACACCAGCAAGGAAUUCCUUGAGGAAGCAUACAUAAUGGCCAGCGUCGAGCAUCCAAAUCUUCUUCAACUCCUUGCUGUGUGUAUGACUAACCAAAUGAUGCUAAUUACGCAACUGAUGCCACUGGGAUGCUUAUUAGAUUACGUAAGGACACACAAGGAGAAAAUUGGAUCGAAAGCAUUCUUAAAUUGGUGCACUCAAAUAGCCCGAGGUAUGGCAUACCUAGAAGAAAAGAGGCUCGUUCAUAGAGAUUUAGCUGCUCGAAAUGUAUUAGUACAGACACCAAAUUGUGUCAAAAUAACUGACUUCGGUUUGGCAAAACUAUUAGAUAUUAAUGAAGACGAGUACAAAGCUGCGGGUGGUAAGAUGCCCAUAAAGUGGUUAGCGUUGGAAUGUGUUCAACAUAGAAUAUUCACUCACAAAAGUGAUGUAUGGGCAUUCGGUGUAACAAUAUGGGAGAUAUUGACCUAUGGAAAUAGGCCGUAUGCUAAUAUUUCGGCCAGAAACGUUCCCGAACUCAUUGAGAAUGGAUUAAAAUUACCUCAGCCUAGUAUAUGUACACUAGACAUUUAUUGUGUGAUGGUGUCUUGUUGGAUGUUGGAUGCUGAUAGUAGACCAACGUUUAAACAGCUAGCUGAUACGUUCGCUGAAAUGGCGAGAGAUCCUGGAAGAUAUCUCGUGAUUCCUGGAGACAAGUUCAUGAGACUGCCAUCCUAUUCUACACAGGAUGAAAAGGAAUUGAUAAGAAACCUUUCAUCGGCAAUGGAUGGUCCCGAACCAUUAGUGGAAGCCGAUGAAUACCUGCAACCAAAGUUCAAAGCAAUAUCCCCGACUGCAACUACAAAUUCAGGUUUAAAUACUGGAGUAGACACACAAACUAAUUCCUUAAAACCGUGUACUUCAUCUUCGUGGGCUAACAACGUUAGCGCACCGGAAAAUGCCGCGGGCGAGAAUUCCAACCGACCGGAGACUUGGGAUCAGGACCUUCUACGGUACAACAACUCUGCGAAUCCCGAUGACACAGAAUUAAGACAUUACUAUAAUAAUGGUGUGUGUGCAUCGGACAGUUCGAGUUCGAGAUACUGUAGUGAUCCUAUGAAAACGAAGGACGGCAUAGAAAACAAAUUCGAUAGCAUGUCCAAGGUCAAAGAAGCUCAGGUAGGCAACCUAAAACUCAACUUGCCACUGGACGAGGACGACUAUCUAAUGCCGUCGCCGCAGCACAACCAGAAUGCCUCCACAUACAUGGACUUAAUAGGAGAAAAUGGGGAGGGGCAGGAGAUAAAAGACAUUCGCUACAGCGGGUACGUGGCGUCGAAGAGAUGCGUGGAUAACCCUGAGUACUUGAUGUCCGAUCAGAGUAUGCCGGCGCAAACGCUCGGCAUACCGACCGAGCCUGUGCCAUUGGAGUCCCUGUGCGUCAGCGAAGGCAGCGGCAGUGAUUCCACUCCUAGACCAGGUCCCAGCAAAUAUUUGCCCCAGAAGUCGGUGGAAGAGGAGUCAAUGUCUGACCACGAAUACUAUAACGACUUACAACGAGAACUUCAGCCUUUGCGUCGAAACGAAACGACGGUGUGAGUGUUAGUGGAGUUCUUUAGACUGAUCUCUUACAAAUGACUUUACUGCGCAGAUGCGCCCCCGUGCCAUUCAAAGAUGGCUAGUGUUAGCUUGUUGACGAACAUUAACUAAGUUUAUUAUAGUCAAGAACCAGUUUGUUAUCUUCUACUUAAUUAUUUUUUGUAAAGAAAAAUCUGUUACGACUUGUAUAAAACUAGGAGACUUAAGAUUUCCUUCACAAAGUAUAUUUAUUAAUGUAGGUUAAGAAAUACUAUGAUUGUUUUUAAAGACAUUACAAAAUAUAAUUUUAAUGUUAAACUGUGAUAUUUAGAUGAUAGUUACAUUAUGCGUUCAAUUAUAAUAUAUCUACCUUCAAUAGUUUCUUAUUAUCUAGUAUUCUGUGUCAUUAUGUAUUAGGUACGAGCACUAAGUUUACGGGAUUCUUAACAAAACAAUUUUUAUUAAUGACAAUAAUAGGAGUAGAUAUGUUAUAAAAUAUUAUUGCAGCUUAAAUCAAUGAACAUAGGAACAUUGCUCCGAUUCAUUUUCUGGUACGAUUAUUUCUUGCCAAUUUGUCUAAUCCAUGUAAAGAUCUUUUUGACUGAUCUUGCCUCUGAUCAAUGUCGUUGAUUUAAUACAAUGAUUUUGUUAUGAUCCAGUGACUGUAUUCAAUACAGAAUUAAUUUAAGUCUGUAAAUAAAUUAUCAAGCACAAUAACGCUCAAAGUUAUGAAAUUCAAAUAAACUUUAUGAUACCUUAUUAUAGAGUAUCGACCAAGACCACGUCUGCCAUUUGUAUUGUAAAUACUAGGAAUUUAAGAGUAUUUUAUACCUAAGGGCAUGUUAAAUAAGUAGCUGCAUUGCUGCAGCAAUAUAUGUAUGUGCCAUUCCAAAAUCAACCUGUAAAUAGGGAAUACGUACAAAAUAUUUUAAAGUAUGUAACUAUUAUUUAAUAAAAUAAAUUCUGAAUCAUUUUUAUUUUAUGAAUUACUGUUUGGCUGACAAAAUAGUCCACAAACCUUACUUACCCGUAUAAACACAUGCCCCUUUGAAAGUCGUCAAAAAUAUCGCAUGCAAGUAUGUAUUGCAAUGUAGAUUGCAACAGAUAAAAUUAGCUAAUGUUGCCAAUAUUUUUUUUAUCAAUAAAGUGUGUAAAUAAAUUAAGCAUUAAAAAGCAAUGAAAGAACUGAACGAUAUUAUAAGUUUGACUUAAUUAUUUCAUUAUUUACCUUUCUUUUCUUUUUAGUUUUCAAAUAAGUUUUAGCAAACUGACUUUUUGGUUGAAAUGGGUAUGCGGUAUGCCUAAUUUAAUAAUAUCUAUUGACGCUUCACACUACUUCAGUCUGGCCCUGUGUAUAUUUCUAAGUACCUACAUGAUACUUUUAAACGAGGAAACUGGAAUUUGGAAAUUACUUAACUAAAGUUGAAGUAGCAUAAAAAUCGUAAGACAUAUUUCAGAGUUUUAGAUACAACAUUAAAUAAAUAUUAUAUACUUAAUAAGAAAAUUACAAACCGCAUUUUAUAGUUAUACUAGUUUUUAUGAAACGAUAUAAUGCAACUUUUACCUACCGAUAUGCAAGCAAUAAAGACACUAAUGACAAUGUACAUUAGAACCACAUUAGAACUAACAAUAUUUGUAAUAAAUGUAGAUAUAAAUGUGAUGGAAUGAUAUAGGUAUACUUACCUUAAUAAAUGCAAAUAAAGUUAUUUUAUUAUUUUU